CGGAGGUGCCGGUAACGGGUUCGUUCCGACUUGAUCUUUUUACCGUUCCGUGAGUUGAGUGAAGCGAACUUUAGCGAAUCGCUUGUCGGAUGGUGAUCGGAAGUGAUCAGUCGCUUUUGGUGUUUUCAAUAAUUCGUGAAACAAUUCCAAACUCAUCGUCAGAGUAAUCUUUGACCGGCCAGCUAACGGGACUGUGUACGGGGCCGCUCUGUCGGAACCGGUUGCGGUAUCAUGUCGGAACUCACGACGGUGCUCCACGGUUUGUUGUCGUUUUUGGUGUUUGCCGUGGUACUGAACUGGCUGCUGAAGCGAUGGCAGCUCGGGCAGAUAUACGACAAAAUACCGGGCCCAAAGGCGUACCCGCUCAUCGGUACGAUGUAUUCGUUCUUCGGCAAGAAGCACCACGAGAUUUUCUACGUGGUCGAUAAGCGGACACGCACCUACCCCAACAUACACCGCCUCUGGACCGGGCUGAUGCCGGAGGUGCGCAUCUCCAAGGCCGAGUACGUGGAGCAGGUCAUCAGCUCCAGCAAGCACAUGGAGAAAUCCCACUCUUACCGCUUUCUCCACGAGUGGCUCGGCGAAGGUCUGCUCACCUCCAAAGGUGAACGAUGGUUCCAGCACCGUAAGCUGAUCACGCCCACCUUCCACUUCAACAUCCUGGACGGGUUCUGCGAUGUGUUUGACGAAAACAGCCAAGUGCUGGUGGAGCAGCUGCAGCCACACGCGGACACCGGGACACCGGUCAACGUGUUCCCGUUCAUCGCGAAGGCCGCCCUGGACAUCAUUUGCGAAACCGCCAUGGGCGUUAAGGUGAACGCACAGCGGGAGGAGAACACUUACGUUAACGCGGUGUACGAGAUUAGCGAGCUGUUCCUGGAUCGGCUCGUGCGCCCGUGGCUGCAUAUCGACUUCUUCUGGAAGUGGUCCCAGUACGCCAAACGCCACAAGACCGUGCUAGGCAUCAUUCACGGCCACACCCGAUCGGUCAUCCGGGAUAGGAAGGCAGCACUGGCCAAGUCACCGCAAUCGGAUCUUCCGACCGAUGGCAUCGACGACGGUAGCGGUAAGAAGAAACGGAUGGCCUUUCUCGAUCUGCUGCUGCAGGGCAAUCAGGUGAACAAUCUGCUCACCGACGAGGACGUACGCGAGGAGGUGGACACUUUUAUGUUCGAGGGACACGACACGACGUCGGCCGGCAUCAGCUGGGUGCUGUUUCUGCUCGCGCUCCAUCCGGACAUCCAGGAGCGGGUGUACGAGGAGAUUGAGUCGGCGCUCGGCACGGACGACACGAAGCCGGUCACCAUGCAGGACCUGGGCGAACUGAAGCUGCUGGAGCGCUGCAUCAAGGAAGCGCUGCGCCUGUACCCGUCGGUGCCGUUCUUUGGCCGGACCACCACCGAGGAUAUAAAGCUCGGGGGCUACCACGUGCCGUCCGGGACCAUUGUCGGCAUUCAAUCGUACCAUGUGCACCGGGACGAACGCUUUUUCCCCGACCCGGAAACCUUCGAUCCGGACCGAUUUUUACCGGAAAACUGCGAACAUCGGCACCCGUACGCGUACAUUCCGUUUAGUGCCGGGCCGCGGAACUGCAUCGGACAAAAGUUUGCGCUCCUCGAGGAGAAGAGCGUCAUUUCGCGGGUGGUGCGCCGGUUCCGGCUGCGCUCGGUUCGCACGCGCUCGCAGCAACUCAUCCUGCAGGAGCUGAUCGCGCGCCCGAAGGAUGGCAUCAUGCUGUACCUGGAAACCCGCAAGUGAACCCGCGCCCGUUUGUGAGGAAUGCUGGCAUUUUGGAAGCUUUUAAUGGAA